AUGUCUCUUGACAGAAUGAGGAAAAGCCUUUAAAGCUUGUUGGGCAUUUAAAGCAAUCCUUAGAAUGAAUAGCCUUCUCAAGUAUCCCGACAAAGCCAACCGCAACAGGUAUUACAUGCAUCGGAUUAAAUUUUCAAAAACAAAUUUGUUAUUAUUCAGAAGAAGCAAGAUAAAUUAAACCCCUAUAAAUACGCCUUAGAGAGACUCAAAGAAUACAACUUAACCAUGCUGCGAGCAAAUGAUCUAUUGAAGUGUCCCAUAAUUUCCUACAAAUUCAAUAAAGAAGAAGUACAAUUGAACUAUUAUAUUUCAAGACUAAAAUUCAUGAAAACUUAGCGACUAAACCAAGAUGGAAGAAGGAAGAAUCCUCUCAAGAAAUUAUCAACAUCAAACCUGAAGAUGACAGGAAAAGCUUUUUCUUCCAUGCUUCUUAUACCAAGGAUGAAAAUCCACAGCCAAGUCAAAACAAACAAACAGCCAAAAAAUCAUAGGUUUCAUUGAGAAAUUCAGAUUCAUAUGCUGAAUACAACUUUGAAAAGGAAAAACAAACUGUCGAAAAUAUUCUCAAAUCCAAUAAAUAAAAGGCCCAGGAAGAUGACAAUUAAAGUGAAUCAGAUUCUAUAGUUAUUAUUAACAAAAAGUCAGAACCCAAAUUUAGAAAACUUAAUCCUCCCCCUUAAGAAUUGAUUAUGAAUAAGGAUCCAAAACAGAUAUCUGGAAAAAAAGAAACUCAAAAUGCUGAUGAUAUUUAAACAUCAAAAAAACCAACAGUUUAAAAAUAUGAUAUCUAAGAAAAACUACCAGAAAUAUAGGCUCCAUAAGAGUAUCCAACAAACCCUGUAACUGAAAUUCAGAAAAAUGAAGUUGUAGAAAAUAAGUAGCCAUAAGCAGUUGAACCUUUAGUAGAAUAAAAAAUAGCCCCUUUGAUAUCAGAUUAAGUAUAGAUUACUCCUGAUGUGAACCCUUUCACAUAAAGUGUUCAGAAUCAACUAUUUACUCCUCCUUGGCUUGAUAAUCCCAUUUCAUAAUAAUAGAAUCAAGUUUCAUUCAAUUUAUUUCAAUAGCCGUUGAUCUAAUAAUAACCUUAAAUGCAACCAUUAUAAUUUUAGAAUCCAAUGUAAUAAUAAUCACAAAACUUAUUUCCUUUUCAAAACCAAUAAUAAUCACAGAAUGUUUUCUCUAACCAAAAUUUAUUCAAUCAAUAGCCCAAUCUAUUCUAAAAUAAUUAAUAACCUCAGUAGAGUUUCAAUCUAUUUAGUUAAACUAACCAAUUUUAAUAAUAGCCUUAAUUUUAGUAAUAGCCUUAAUUUUAGUAAUAGCCUUUAUUUUAGUAAUAGCAAUCAUAAUAACCCUUAUUUUAGUAAUAACCAUCAUCGGAAUCUUUGUUUUAAUAAUAAUCAUCAACUUAAAACUUAUUUCAACAAUAGCCAUUAUUUUAAUAGUAAUCUUCAACAUAAUCAUUCUUCUAAUAGUAGCCAUCAAGCAAUUUAUUCGCUUCACAACCAUAAAAUCAAUUAUUUCAAUAACCAAAUUAACAAGCAGCAAAUAUAUUUGGAAAUAAUCAGUAAAAUUCAAGUGUUGUGGAUCUAUUCUCAGCCUAAUCAGUCUAAAACACACCCAAUUUAUUUUAAUAAAACCAAGCUUAAAAUUAAGAAUCCUUAUUUUCAUUAAACACAUAAUCAUAAUCAAAUAACACUGCCUAAUAACGAGCAUAUUCUCAUUCUGAUAGAUACAAAAAGAACCUUAGCAAAUACACAACUGAAAGAAUAGAAUGA